AUGGCAUCGAAAAAAAAGAUCUCGAGGAUUAAUAAACCUGUAGAAGAAUCGUUUUUUGCAUCACCUUUGUAUGAUUUUUUAUCUCCAUUUAGACCUGUAAGCAAUCAAUGGUUAACUGAAUAUAUUAUAGUUAUAUUUGCAUUGAUUGUGAGAUGUGCCAUUGGGUUGGGUUCGUAUUCAGGAAUGGGAAAUCCUCCAAUGUUUGGCGAUUUUGAAGCACAAAGACAUUGGAUGGAAAUUACUCAACAUUUGCCAAUUUCAAAAUGGUACUUCUUUGAUUUAGAAUACUGGGGUUUAGACUACCCACCAUUAACUGCAUAUCAUUCUUAUGUUUUAGGUGUAAUAGGCUCUUUUUUGAAUAAAAGUUGGUUUGCAUUGAAUGAUUCUCGUGGUUACGAAUCAGAAAAUAAUGAUCUUAAAACUUACAUGAGAACUACCGUAAUAAUAAGCGAAAUUAUAUUUUAUAUUCCAGGUGUAAUAUAUUUUACAAAAUGGGUGGGCAGACACAGACAACAAUCGCUUAUUGGACAAUAUAUUGCUGCUGCUGCAAUUCUUUUCCAACCUUCAUUAAUGUUAAUUGACCAUGGUCAUUUUCAAUACAAUUCAGUUAUGUUGGGUUUAACUGUUUAUGCCAUAAACAAUUUGUUAGAUGAAUUCUACGCUCCAGCUGCUAUGUGUUUUGUUUUAUCGAUUUGUUUCAAACAGAUGGCUUUGUACUACGCCCCUAUCUUUUUUGGCUAUUUAUUGGGAAGGUCGUUGUUCUCAAGGAAGUUUUUCAAUAUUUCAAGAUUUUUGAGUAUUGCAAUUUCAACAGUGUUCGCAUUUUUUUCCAUGUAUGCACCAUUGUAUGUAUUUGGUGGGGGACUUCGUAAUGUAAUCCAAUCAGUUCAUAGAAUAUUUCCCUUUGCAAGAGGCCUAUUUGAGGAUAAGGUAGCAAACUUUUGGUGCGUAACAAAUAUCUUCAUUAAAUACAAAAUUCUCUAUACUCAAAAAGAGUUACAGUUAUAUUCUUUGAUUGCCACCGUUGUUGGAUUUUUACCUGCAGUAGUGACUAUUUUGUUCUACCCAAAAAAACAUUUACUCCCUUACGCUCUGGCAGCAUGUUCAAUGUCAUUUUACUUAUUCAGCUUCCAAGUCCAUGAAAAGACAAUUCUUGUACCACUUUUACCAAUCACCCUUCUGUAUACUUCAACUGAUUGGAAUGUCUUAUCAUUUGUUAGUUGGGUAAAUAACGUUGGGUUAUUUACACUAUGGCCUCUAUUGAAGAAGGAUGGGUUGACAUUACAAUAUGGAGUUUGCUUUUUUUUGAGUAACUGGUUGAUAGGUAACUUUAGCUUCAUCACUCCUAAAUUUUUGCCAAAGAUGUUAACGCCUGGUCCACCAGUUCAAAAUACAGAGGACACCUAUCAUCGUAGAAGCUUAUUGCCUCAUAACAUUCUAUGGAAAAUAAUUAUUGUAUCUUCCUAUAUUGUAAUGCUGUUGAUCCAUCUAGGGGAAAUUUUUGUUUCUCCUCCACCUGAAUAUCCUGAUAUUUGGGUUCUCAUGAACUGUUGUUUAGGAUUUGGUUGUUUUGUUCUAUUUUGGUUGUGGAACUAUUAUAAAAUAUUCACCUUGGCUAAUAAGACUUUACAAUAUUUAUAA